GAACUGCGCAACUUGAAAAAAGCUGAUCUUGUGUACCGCAAACAUGUUCCCGGAAAAGAUGACGGCUCGGAGGUGUUCACGGUAGGCAACAAAAGUUUUGGCGUUUCCACAUCAGGCCCUGGAUUAUUAGCUACAUCAAUACACACUGUAAUGUCGAACGCAGGUUCAAAAUCAGGAGCCGCUAUGCGUAAAUACCCAUGUCUUGACCAAGCAAGCAAUCAAUCCACGGCGAAGAAGGAUUGACCUCGGCACUGGCCGACUUUUAUCGAUGGAAGUGAUAAGUUGGAGUGGAAUUGGCCUACCAGCAUGAUUCCUUGCUUCCAAGAAACGGGGUUACGCGCAUUAAAUGAAUAACAAAAAUCGUGGCUGUACUGAACAAAAUAAGAAACGAUACAGUAAAGGAAAAAAGGGAAAAGCCGGCGAGCAUUAAUAAAACAUGUGGCUGCCAUGAAGGGCGCUUGUUAGUACUGACUGUAUCAAUCUUGUAUUGAACAGAAAAGUUGUGGCGAAGCGGUACCAAAGAACGUGAUCUCUGAUGUCAUUACGAUCACUGGCUUUCCAGGCCGCAACGGCGACAAAUGAACGCAGAGGACUGAGCGUACUCCAUGCUGCGUGUUUGGAAGGUGAUUUAGAAACUGUUCAAAUAAUCACGAACUACAGUCCUGGCAAACUAGACAAUGCUAUUGCUUUAACUAUCAACACAGAGAGCCAUUCAUCUCACCCAGGAAAAAACGCACUAGAAUUAAGAGGCUCAUCCCAGAGCGACAAUAGCGCGAGAAUACACGCGAUUCUGGUCCCUAUAUAUCUUGAAUUUCAGUCCAAGUCGUUGCUGCAUAUCGCUUCCAGAAUAGGAAAGAUGGAACACCUCAAGAGACUUCUCGACAUUGGUUCAGACCCAAAUGAAGUGUCACGCAAUACGGAUCAAGUCACGCCGUUGAUGUUAGCUGCUACACGUAAUACUAUAGCUUUUACAGAGCUUCUCCUCAAUAAGGGAGGCGAUGUAAAUGCUAAAGAUAAACAUGAAAUGAGACCUCUUCAUUAUGCUGCAGUCAACGGCCGAUCAAAGACUGUUCUCUUGUUAAUAGAAGCUGGUUGUGGUGUGAGUGAUGUUAGUGAUCGAGGGAUGACGUCAUUACAUUUUGCCGCCCAAAACGGACACACCAAAACAGUUGCUAUCCUUAUUGAACAUGGCGCUGACGUCCAUUCAAGGUCAUCUAGCGGUCACACACCACUUAUGUUGGCAACUGCGAAAGGAAAUUAUGAGACAGUCGAGUUUCUCCUGGCUCAGGGUGGUUGUGUUAAUACUACAGAUCCAAUGGUAUUUACCGCACUUCACUUAGCAGCUGACAAAGGUUACAUUAGCUUAGCCCACCUUCUUCUUCAAAGGGGAAGUAAUGUGGACGUAAGAGCCUCGGGAAAAACACCUUUGUUCCUGUCCUCAUUCAAAAAUCACAGGGAGAUUACCGAGCUUUUGCUUCGCUAUGGUAGCGACGUCAACGUGCAUGACAUAUUUGGAAGAACAGCUUUGCAUUACGCUGCCCAAGAAGGACAAGUUGCCAUGGUGAAGCUGUUGAUUGAGAGAGGGGUGAACGUGCAGGCACGUGACCACGAGGGUCAAACUUCAUUAUUCAUGUCCGUGAUCUACAAUCAGAAAGACUGCGCCAUUCUAUUGCUGGAGCAGGGGGCCCACGUCAAUGCAAAUGACAAUAAUUACAAAACCCCACUACACUUUGCCGCUCAGGAAGGCCAUUCAGAAAUCGCCGAGUUAUUGAUACAAAACGGCGGCGACGUUAAUGCUGAAGAAGUCACGGGUGACCAACCCUUGUCACUUGCAGUUGCAUACUGCAGUGAUGACGUAGUAAAGCUCCUAUUACGUUAUGGAGCUGACCUAAACGCCGCUAACGACAGCCUGUUGACUCCUUUACAUAUUGCAGCACAGAAUGGAAAAACAAGUUUGGCUGAAGUGUUCCUACAGAGAGGUGCUCCGCGUGAGGCUAAAGACUGCGAUGACCAGACGCCCUUGCACAUAGCCUGCUCAUAUGGAGAUAAUCACAUCGACAUGGCGGAAGUUUUGGUGCGUUAUGGAAGUGACGUCAAUGCUCGUGAUGGCGCUAAACGUACGGCGCUUUGUCUGGCCGUAAGUGAAGGACAUUCUCAAAUUGCUUCUUUGUUACUGAACCAAGGUGCUGUUGUGAACUUAGUUGACGGAGAAGGUUACACAGCACUUCAUAACGUGUACACCAAUCUUCACACCUUCCUUGGAAAUGAACGCAUCACCUUCGCCAUGACAAAAUUGCUGUUUGAAUUUGGAAGUAAAGUGGGUGAGACAGAUCAACAAGGACGAACAGAACUGCAUAUGGCGGCCGAAAGCUCUUCAGUUAAAAUUGUAGAACAGCUUCUUGAUUAUGGCAGUAAGGUAAAUGCGAUGGACAUUGAAGGUUGUACGCCAUUAAUGCGAGCUAUAAGAUUCUCUCGUGGGCCUGAUCUUAUCGUAAAACUUUUACUCGAUAACAAUGCACACAUUAAAGUGAGGGACAAGCUGGGUCGCUCAGCUUUGCAUUAUUCGGCUGGGCUGAAGGGAAACCAUAAGAUUUCUCGAGCACUGAUUCACAAAGGCGCCGACGUUCACGACGUUGACAUUGAUGGCAACACAGCACUCCACCUAGCUGCAAACAACCGUAACACACACACUGCAGAGCUUCUGUUACAAAAUGGCUGUGAUAUAACCAAGUGUAACAAGCGAAAGGAAAGUGUCCUUCACAAAGCAAUCACCGCCAGGUGUGAAUGCACACACGGCUGUAGAAAAUGCGUCUGGAAAUACCAUACUGUAGCACUAUUGGUCGAGAAAGGUUGUGACGUCAAGAAAACUGACGUUGAUGGUAACAGCGCACUGCAUUUGAUGGCUGAAUGGACCACUGAUCCCACCACAGUCAGACUGUUGCUGAGAAACGGAGCAGAUGUUCGUGCAAGGAACAAUCAGGGAAGCACCCCUCUGCAUCUCAUCUGCGCUGUGAAGUGUGAACGCUCAAGAGCAAAGUUCACCAGGUCACGCUGGACAUGUGACACAUCAGAACUGUUCAUUAGACAUGGCUGUGAUAUCCGUUCAGUGGAUAAUGAAGGUAACACCCCACUUCACCGGACGGCGGAGUCAGACAGAGAUGACAUUGCAAAUAUCCUGCUGGAUCGUGGAGCUGAUGUAGAAGCGUUAGAUUGGCAAGCCAGUACUCCUUUGCAUGUCGCUGCGGCUUGUAAUGCAGUCAUGGUGGCAACGCUCCUGAUUAAACAUGGCAGCAAUAUGAAAGCUUUGGAUAGCGAUGGAAGGCGGCCUCUGGAUAUUGCUUACAAGUGUGGAAACCAUGAAAUCGCAGAGCUCAUGGAACAAACUAUGCAGAAUAACGAUAGAUGACAUGGAAUUCAGUUUUCUAAUAAGGCUAGGGUGGAGUUGUUUGUUUUUUGAAACAAUAAUGGGACGGAUCUAGCAGACGAACCGUGAAGCAUUAUAUUUCCGCAAGGAGAUAGGUAACAUACUUAAAGCAUCAAUCAGAAUUUUCAUCGCGGGAGAAAAAGUCGUUGUCAUACGUGUCGAAGGACGCAGAAAGAUUAUGCCGACGUUGCUCAGUUUUACCUGGUUUAGAAUAGCUUGAAAUGCUGUUGAUUUUGCUGGGAUCCUUUGGUUCCUGAUUCUGAGGAAGAUGAGACAUUAGGGUUACUUCCCACCUUCGCGGGUGUUCUUCGGGAAAAAAUUCUUACGCGCGCUAGUUGAAGAAAGAAAAUCCCAACA